GACAGAUCAGGCCGAGGUCUCAGCCACAUGAUUGUGUUCCGGCUCGGCAAAAAUGGCGGCGCCCAGGGCGGUAGCGUGAAAGUUGUUGGUGGAAGACGCUGUCCAGUUGUGUUGGAAUCAAAACAGCAGGGCCCCUGCGCCAUGUCGCGACUGAUCGUGAAGAAUCUCCCGAAUGGGAUGAAGGAGGAGCGUUUCAGGCACCUGUUUGCCGCCUUCGGCACGCUGACAGACUGCAGUCUGAAGUUCACCAAAGAUGGCAAGUUCCGCAAGUUUGGCUUUAUUGGCUUCAAGUCCGAGGAAGAGGCCCAAAAGGCACUGAAGCAUUUCCACAAGAGCUUCAUCGACACAUCCCGGAUCACAGUGGAGUUCUGCAAGUCAUUUGGGGACCCGGCCAAACCCAGAGCCUGGAGCAAACAUGCCCAGAAACCAAGCCAGCCCAAGCAGCCUCCAAAAGACUCUACUACUCCAGAAAUUAAGAAAGACGAGAAGAAGAAAAAGGUGGCAAGUCAACUGGAGAAGCUGAAGGAGGACACAGAGUUCCAGGAGUUUCUGUCAGUUCAUCAGAGGCGGGCACAGGCAGCCACUUGGGCGAACGAUGGGCUGGAUGCUGAGUCCUCGAAAGGGAAGAGCAAGCCGGCCAGCGACUACCUGAACUUCGACUCCGAUUCUGGGCAGGAGAGUGAGGAGGAGGGAGCCGGGGAGGACCUGGAAGAAGAGGCAGGCCUCGAACUGAAGGCAGCUGUGCAGAAGGAGCUGUCAGACAUGGAUUACCUGAAAUCCAAGAUGGUGAAGGCCGGGUCGUCCUCUUCCUCGGAAGAAGAGGAAAGUGAAGAUGAAGCCGUGCACUGUGAUGAAGGGAGUGAGGCCGAGGAAGAGGCUUCCUCCGCCACCCCAAUCCUGCAGGAAAGAGACGGCAAGGGUGCAGGCCAAGAGCAAGGGAUGCCAGCUGGGAAAAAGAGACCGCCGGAGGCCAGAGCUGAGACAGAGUCACCUGCCUUCCAGAAAUUGCCUAUAAGCUGUAGUUCAGUGGUGCCAUCAUCGCUCACUGAAAAAAAUGUUACGGAAUUCCUGGCACCCCUGAAACCAGUGGCCAUUCGAAUUGUGAGAAACGCUCAUGGGAAUAAAACAGGAUACAUCUUUGUGGAUUUCAGCAAUGAAGAGGAAGUUAAGCAAGCUCUGAAAUGCAACCGGGAGUACAUGGGCGGGCGCUACAUCGAGGUGUUCAGGGAAAAGAACGUCCCCACCACCAAUGUUGCGCCAAAGAAUACCACCAAAUCCUGGCAAGGCCGGAUGCUCGGGGAGAACGAAGAGGAGGAGGACCUGGCCGAGUCCGGAAGGCUCUUUGUACGGAACCUGCCCUACACCAGCACCGAGGAGGACCUGGAGAAGCUCUUCUCCAAAUACGGUCCCCUGUCUGAGCUCCACUACCCCAUCGACAGCCUGACCAAGAAACCCAAGGGUUUUGCAUUCGUCACCUUCAUGUUCCCUGAGCAUGCUGUAAAGGCCUACUCGGAGGUGGACGGGCAGGUAUUCCAGGGCAGGAUGCUCCACGUGUUACCAUCCACCAUUAAGAAGGAAGCCAGCGAGGACGCCAGUGCCCUGGGAUCGUCAUCCUACAAGAAAAAGAAGGAGGCCCAGGACAAAGCCACCAGCACCAGCUCUCACAACUGGAACACAUUAUUCAUGGGGCCGAAUGCCGUGGCUGAUGCCAUCGCACAGAAGUACAAUGCCACCAAGAGUCAAGUUUUUGACCACGAGACCAAGGGCAGCGUGGCCGUGCGCGUGGCUCUCGGGGAGACCCAACUCGUCCAGGAAGUGCGGCGCUUUCUCAUAGACAACGGGGUCAGCCUGGAUUCCUUCAGCCAGGCUGCAGCAGAGCGAAGCAAGACUGUGAUUCUGGUCAAGAACCUCCCAGCAGGCACCCUGGCAGCCGAGCUGCAGGAGACCUUCGGCCGUUUUGGCAGCCUAGGCCGCGUGCUGCUGCCAGAGGGUGGAAUCACCGCCAUCGUGGAGUUCCUGGAGCCCCUGGAGGCCCGCAGGGCCUUCAGGCAUCUGGCCUAUUCCAAGUUCCACCAUGUCCCCCUGUAUCUGGAGUGGGCUCCAGUUGGCGUCUUCUCCAGCGCAGCCCCACAGAAGAAAAAGCUCCAAGACACACCUUUGGAACCUGCAGAAAAGGAUGAAGCAGAGCCAGAAACAGUGCCUGAUGGUGAAAGCCCAGAAGAUGAAAAUCCAACAGAGGAAGGAGUAGACAACUCUUCAGCAAAUGUGGAAGAGGAGGAGGAGGAAGAGGAAGAAGAAGAAGAGAGUCUCCCAGGGUGUACUCUGUUUAUUAAGAAUCUCAAUUUUGACACAACAGAAGAGAAGCUGAAGGGAGUGUUUUCAAAAGUGGGGACAGUGAAGAGCUGCUCUAUCUCCAAGAAGAAGAACAAAACAGGAGCACUGCUUUCCAUGGGGUUUGGAUUUGUGGAAUACAGGAAGCCGGAGCAAGCCCAGAAAGCUCUCAAGCAGCUCCAGGGUCACAUCGUGGACAGCCACAAGCUGGAAGUGAGGAUCUCGGAACGAGCCACUAAGCCAGCCGUGACAUCAGCUCGGAAAAAACAAGUUCCCAGAACGCAGACCACCUCCAAGAUCCUGGUGCGGAACAUCCCCUUCCAGGCCCACAGCCGGGAGAUCCGAGAGCUCUUCAGCACCUUUGGGGAGUUGAAGACGGUCCGCCUGCCAAAGAAGAUGACCGGGACAGGCACACACAGAGGCUUCGGCUUUGUGGACUUCCUCACUAAGCAGGAUGCAAAGAGAGCCUUCAGUGCCCUGUGUCACAGCACCCACUUGUACGGCCGGAGGCUGGUGCUGGAGUGGGCCGACUCCGAGGUGACCCUGCAGGCUCUAAGGCGGAAGACGGCCGCGCACUUUCACGAGCCCCCGAAGAAAAAGCGGUCUGUGGUGUUGGACGAGAUCCUGGAGCAGCUGGAAGGCAGUGACAGCGACAGCGACAGCGAGGAGCAGACCCUUCAGCUGUGAGCUGGCGCUGAGAGGGUGCGUGGCUCUGGGGCCCUGGGGACCCGGACAGCCGCUCCAGCUUCUGCACUCCCCACCGUGUGGGCUGGGGCGUGGGGCGGGGAGCGGCAGGGAGUUCCGCCCUGCACUGAUCUAAGGUCGGAGGAGACAGGGGAUGAGGAAGGCCUCAGGCCACUGCCCAACAGCCCAGGCAUCCUGGGUUUCACCAGUGACACGUUCUAGCAGACACGGACUGCGCACCUGCUCUGUGGCAGACACGGAAGAGCGCAAGGGAGCAAGGAGUGUGGGAGUGCAAGGGAGGAGCCACGUUAGGAAGAGAGACUUGGGGAUAGCUGCACAGGGAGCGAGGAGCCCUGCUCCCCCUGUCCCCACCCCAGGAGAGUGAGGGGACGAGGGCCGGCUCUCUGGCAUCAGGCUGCCUGGACAUGAAACCCCGUCUCCAAGCUCAAGCUGGGAGACCCUGGCCCAGUUUCCUUAUCUCCCAGGGCCCAGCAUUGCCCUUGCUAGCUAGUUCUUACCUCAUAAGGUUUUAGAGAGAAAUAAACGCAAUAAUGCAUGAAGAGCGCCGAGCAUGAUGCUGAGCCCUGUUCUUACUCUCCCUCCAGGGCUGCUGAGCUAGAAUUCCCACCUAUGGCUUUCCAAGGGACUGUUCACAGCUUGGGACUUGGUCUCUGUCCUGCCCCAUCCUCAUCACUUGGGACCACGAGCCCUGGUUCAGUCACCCAGGGAAGCCUCCCAGCAGCUCAUGAAGCAUCGAGCUCCAAGCCCAGAUGCCAGGCUCCCCGGCUGAUCCGAAUGAUGUCACUCAUGGCGGAUGCGUUCUGCUCAUGGGCCCAGAGCCAUGUGAAAUGCAUCAAGGUCCUCUCCGCUGGCCAACAGCAUCCUCAGGCUUCUGUCAGGUGCCCGUGUUCACAUUUUCUCCAGCCUGAGACGCAGCCUCCUGCCUGGAAGGGUCUGUGCCAGCACCAGCCAGAGGGCAAGACGGAGAGGGCAGAGCAAGAACUGCACGGCAUAUGACUGCGGUCUGAAUCCAGGCAUUGCCAUUCCCUGAGGUGUGACCUCAGACUAAUGACGUCCUGUCUGAGCCUCCGUUUUUCUCUCUAGGAAAUGGGGGUGAUAAUUGUGCCUACCUCAGAUAGACAGUGCCAGAGUUAAGUGAGUCAAGCCAAGUAAAGCCCAGAGAAGAUUCUCAUCAGCA